UAAUUGCGAAUAAAUUAUUUUAACCAUGAGGGCUUCUAACUAUUCAUUAUCAUCGCAAGUUAAUCAACCUUUAAUUUUGGACUAUCAAUCAGUCAGCAUCUGGUUAAUUAACCACCAACAACGACAACGACAACGAUGAUGUUUUCCAGUGAUUUACUAAUUGUUUUCUUCUCAUUUAAUUUAGUAAUUAUUUCCGUUAAUGGACUAACAGAUAGUAAUUUAAUUAACCUUGACGCUAUUAUCCCUUGUUUUAAAAUAAGAUGCUAUUCUCAGAAUCUCGGCUGUUUCAAGCCGUUAAUCUCUGGGUUGAUUAUCCUUUUCCCUCCGAUAAGUGUUUGUCCCGAAACUCCGUCAAUAGUUAAUUUGACCUUUCGAGUUGCAAAUCAAGAAAAUCCAGCAAUGUUUCUAGAAUCACCAUCAACAAGACACCCAUAUUCCCGUCUAACUCCAGACCGUAGUUUGGCCUUUUACUCUCAUGGUUGUUUCGGCAGUUAUGCCGACAAGUUUUCCCUCUUCACUGGAUUGGGUCUACUUCGUGACUAUUACCAAGUGGUUCUUAGCGAUUGGGUUCGAGGUGCGAAUCCACCGAUUAUCCUAAAACAACCAGCGAUAAUUAAUCUCUUCUUGUGUACGGCUAAUUGUGAAAUUGUCGGUAGAAAAGUAGCCAAUGCUUAUAACUUUGCUGUCACAAGGCUUGGCAUAAAUCCCGAAAACAUAACGGUAGUCGGACACUCCGCUGGUUCAGCGUCAACACAUUUCACCGCUGUCUGGCUCCAAGAAAGGUACAAAAUGACACCUUACGAAACGAUCGCGCUGGACGUUGUCUCUGAUCCUUAUCAGCCGUCAACUGUUUUCGGUGUAUCAAAAUUGGACGCUAUUUAUAACACUGCCGUUCACACGACAUACAAUUUCCCGGUUCCAAUAGUUUCUCAUGUUCCAGCGGCGUUAGAUUUAAAAGUGGGCUCACCUUUUGCCCUAUCACACACCGAUCUAUUCGUUAACGCACCUUUUGGCCUUAUCGUUAAACAACCUCCAUGUGGCUUAUUACCUUUUUGCAGUCACUUUUACGCGAUCAUCGUUUACAUGGCUUCGCUGUUCGGCUGUCAAUUUGAACCUUGUAGUUCGAGUUUCCUUUUCCCAGGUCAAAGUUCGGGCCCAACGGGUGUGGCAAGUUCAGUUUACGGUCGACGAGGUACACUUUGUAUUAGCGUUUCUGCUUAUCCUUUGACAGAAUGUAAAUGUAAUCAAACGAAAGGAGGAAAUUUGAGAAAACAUCGAAUUCUAAAUUAAUUAUCUCUUUAAUUAGUAUAUUUAUUGCACACAUUUUUACAUGUAUAUUGAACUAUUUACAUGAAGACUUUUGUUUUCGAUUGAUUAAUCGUCGUUUAAGUAAAUUAAAUAUAAAAAUGCUUCUUAUUCAAUAUUAUGGUCCUUUUGUUAUUUGCUGGAGUUAUUUUCAUGAUUUGGUUGAGUAAAAAGUAAUAUGAAUUGUUGAUGAUUUUAUCCAAAAA